GCACUUUGCAAUCAAAAACCAUCAAAGAACCCUAACCAUCUCCAGAAGAGAGAGACAGAGAGAGAGAGAGAGAAAAGGGAACUGAUUCGCCGGCCAUUUCUGCUUUUGCUGCAUCUUCAAUGGCUACCGGAAAGACCUACUUCGCCCGGCCUAACUACCGAUUCCUCUCGGGCGACCCCACCGCCGUCGGUCCCGCAGACUCCGCCUUCGAACUCGACGAGUCCGACCUCUACUUCUCGGCCUCCGCGAGGUCCGACUCUACCGAGUUCCGCAGGCCGGCUCGCCCGGGUAGGAAGACGUCCAGCAAGCACGGCGAUCUGAUCGACCGCCCCCGGGCAGCGGCGCCGUCCUCGCUGCCUGUCAACAUCCCGGACUGGUCGAAGAUCCUGAGGGAAGAGUUCAGGGACAGCGUCCGCCGUAGGGGAGACAGCCUGGACAACGUCUUCGACGAUGGCGAGGACGGCGACGAGGACGAGGAGGCCGGUGACAUUGGCUUCGGGAACAGGCUGCCGCCGCACGAGUUCCUGGCGAGGCAGAUGGCGAGGACGAGGAUUGGGUCGUUUUCCGUACACGAGGGGGUAGGCCGGACCUUGAAGGGAAGGGAUCUGAGCCGCGUCAGAAAUGCGGUUUGGGCCCGAACCGGGUUCGAGGACUAACGGAAGCCGUGAAACUGACAUCUCGUUUGCGCUCACGGCCGCUGCGGAUUUUUCAAAAUUUUUGCCCAUUUUUAGGAUUUUUCUAUAACAGAAAUGGGAGGACAUGUUCUUUUCUUUUCUUUUUUUUCUUUUGUGGUUUUUGGUGGGUGUCUCUCUCUGGUUUUUUUGUUGGAGGUGACUGUAAUCCUGACUUAGAAAUAGCGGAGGAAGUUUUUUUUUGUUUUUUUUUUUUUCUGGUUUGGAUUUUGUCCCGCUCAAUCAAUCAAUUUAAAUUCUGACUCAAUUUUCUUCCCCAA